CAACGUCAGAGUGCCAUCACGCAUCCGGAGAGCGCGCGCUCCAGGAGAGGAUGAAGAGGAUGAUGAUGAUGGUGGUGAUGAGGAGCGCGUGAAGCCGUCGUAUGGAUAUAAUGGAUGAUUUCUGUCGUUGUUUAUCCUCCUGAGAGACAGACAGGCAGACAGACAGACAGACAGACAGACGGAUGGGGGACCGGGACCGGCCCCGGCGGACCCGGAGACUCGGGAGCCUAGCGACCAAGUCCCGGGUCUCCAAGGAGACGAAGCUCCGGCUGCGCGUGAUCUUCCUGGAUGACAGCGAGCGCACGUUCGAGGUGGAGCAAAAGGUUUUAGGUGGCGACUUCUUCAACAAAGUGUGCGGACAUCUGAAGCUGCUGGAGAAAGAGUACUUCGGACUGGAGUUCAGACACCACAGCGGGAACUACGUGUGGUUAGAGCUGCUGAAGCCGCUGAUCAAACAGAUUAAAUACACCAACGAUCUCUUCUUCAGGUUUAUAGUAAAGUUCUUCCCACCAGAUCCUGGACAACUGAAGAGAGGCCUCACCAGGUAUCUUUUUGCCUUACAGAUAAAGCAGGAUUUGUCCAACGGCAGUCUGACCUGUCAUGACAACAGCGCCGCCCUGCUGGUCUCUCACAUACUGCAGUCAGAGCUAGGGGACUUUGACGAAGAGCUGGACUGUCACCACUUAGAGAUGAAGCAGUACGUCCCCAACCAGGAAUAUUUAGACCACAAGAUCAUUAAGUUUCACAAGAAACACAGAGGUGCGUCUCCAGCGGACUCCGAUAUCCACCUGCUGGAGGUGGCGAGGAAGCUGGACAUGUACGGGAUCAGGCCUCAUGCCGCCCACGACGGGGAGGGAAUGAGGAUCAACCUGGCCGUCACGCACUCUGGAGUACUGGUCUUUCAGGGAAACACCAAAAUCAACACGUUCAGCUGGGCGAAGAUCCGCAAGUUGAGCUUCAAGCGCAAACACUUCCUCAUCAAACUGCACGACAAAGUUGGGCCUUCUUGUAAGGACACACUAGAGUUCUCGAUGGCCAGUCGAGAUGUGUGCAAGUCCUUCUGGAAGACCUGCGUAGAGUACCACGCCUUCUUUAGACUGGCAGAGGAACCGAAGACGAUACACAAAACCCUGCUGUCCAGUAAGGGCUCCAGCUUUAGAUACAGCGGAAGGACACAAAAACAGCUGCUGGAGUGUAUGGGAUCAGGGGAGAAGAAGCCUUCACACUUUGAGAGGACCUACUGUCAGUCAGACUACGAUCCCAGACAGUGUCGCUCCUCUCCGGAUCUCCUCACGGAUGUCUCCAAACAAUUGUACGAGCACUCAUACCCGUAUCCUCGUUCAAGUCACGCCUUGGCGGUCCGCAGUCAGGAUGAGUUGGACCCACAUCACCGAGGUGUAGACAACAUCGAAAUUGGUGAAAGAGGGGCUAGACGCAGUCAAUCGUCCGGCGAGGUCACCCAGAGGAUGCGCCCUCUCUCGCAAGUUGCUCCCCACUCUCAUUCCCUAACCGCCUCGCCCAAGAUGAGAUCUGCCUCCACAUCUGUGGUGGAAGACACGAGGGGGGGACGGAUCGCGGGGCAGCGGCAAGCACAAAGGCUAGCCGGUGUCUACGGCAACCGGUCACGCCGUCGACCCAAUCCCCAACCACAUCCGGAUGCUGCUCAGCAGUUGGUUCUUCUCUACCCAAACAGUCCGGCGUACCAGUAUCACCCCAUCCUCCCGACAUUCUCACUUGCCGGUUCCUCGCCUCUCAGCCGACACCCUUAUCUGACGGACUACGUCGCCGUUUCCUCACUGGAGCGUUUCCCACAGGCGAGGAGGCGGGAUUAUGUGACAAUGGAUGGUCUGUCACGGCCGUCUUUCUACCCACUGAGCCACGAUUCGCCGUCCCACUCACCAAUCAGAAGGAACCUGCGUCCCUCUGGCUCGGGCGGGCUGGGAUUGGCGAGGGUUUAUCAGCCAGGAAGCAAUGGAGCAAGGCUACUGGGCGUCGGCCAUACGGAGGCAGGGCAUUACAGCGAUGACUCCAACUUCCUCCCAGGGUUGCCUCGCCGUGUAGCUAGCCAACCAGAUGUCAAGUUUCACCUAUCAAGGGGCUCUAACCCUGCCUCUGAGUUCCGUCCCCUUGGUUACUACCCUCACCUGACGCGCCCCUCCAGACCCACCUACCUCCCUCUAAACUCCUCCCCUCUGCCCGAACGACCCACCUCGCUAUGCAUGAUCGGCGGCACCACGGGAAGCUACAGCGACUCCGACUCAGAGGUUUUCUAUCCGUAUUACUGCCCGCCACCCCCUCUGGGGAAACUGGCACGGCCCGCCGGACUAGCCAGGAUGAGGUUUUCCUCUGGGAGCCUCCAACUGGACGAGGAGGAAGAAGAGGGGGAGGAGGAAGAGGACGAGGACAGAGCGGUGAAGGCAAAGAAAGAGUUGAAAGGUGAAGAAGAGAAGAAAGAAAAGAAAGGAGACGGGUCUAAAGGUGCUGCAAAGAUUACUGAAGUCACACUGUAGAUAGAAACAUGGACACAUGCAAAGGUUCAUGAUAUGAUCACAGGAUGGUUUUAAACACUAAGACAAUUGUAAUAAAUGUGAUGGCUUCAUGAGAAAUGUAGUUUUUGUUUUUUUAGGUGUGCUGGCAGAUGAAAUGUACUGUUUUUGCCUUGUUUUUAGCAAAAAGUAGUUAUGGGAACAAGCUAGCAAACUUUAAAUUAUAUCUACGUAGCCCUCCUAGCUGACCAUGGAAGGUCAAACAAGCUGUACUAACCUCAAAAACUGACCUCACUGUUACGCAAACCAUGAAGAAAUAACAGUAUUACGACACCAGCAACAAGCCUCUGGGUUGUAAAGCUGCCUCUGUAGGAAUCAGGUGUUAAGACGUCCUCAUUUUCUUCUACUGGGCAAAGACGUCUGCCUUGUGCUAGCAGAAAUGUACAUGCGAGGCAUUAAAAUUGAAAUAAAAAAAAGUUUUUUACAA